AUGGAACUGGAAUUAGAGCAUAUGAGGAGUAUAUUGGACGAGGCGAUUGUGGAAACGCGCAGUACGCCUCUCGAAAAUCGACCGCGACUUCCCCCGCAUAGCCCUAAGCAAGCGGAAUCGGGCUAUCGUGAGGGCUCUCAACCCAAUGCUGGUUACCUAUUUGGAAGCCAGCCGGGACCUUUGCGAGACGGACUUAAUUUUUUUGGCGCCGCGCUGGCAGUCUGCCGUAUCAUAGGCGCCAAGGUUUCCACGGCUGGACGCGCUACUGGCUAUAGUAGCGCUAUCCCAGCAUGGAGAAGAAGAAUUGAGGAACGUAUCGCAAAGGCUAGAGCUCUCAUCGGCAGACUGAUAUGCUUCAGAUCAGGCAACAACAGGCCAAGAAUUGUGCGCACCGUCAGGAUGGCGUUUGCUGGGACAAAUGUCAGUUUGUCCCAGCCGGAUAUAACGCAAAAACUGACGGAGCGCAUAGAUGAUCUGAAGCAGAGAAUCGCUGCUUGGGGAAAGCGGAUUCGGCGAUAUACCGAGAGGUCGACACGGUUCAACCAGAAUCGUCUCUUCCAGAGCGAUCAGAAGAGGCUCUAUGAAUCAUUGGAGCGACCAAUGGUAAGUGGAACGGGUCCAGCACCGAAUCAGGCCGACACUGUAGCAUUCUGGCGCGGCCUGUGGUCAGAGCAGGUAAACCACAGCGAGGGCCCUUGGACGGAAGUUGUGGCGAGUCAGUGUGUGGGUAUUACGCCCAUGGACCCCGUCAUCAUAACGCCGGAUGACGUAGCUGAGGCGGUCCGUAGGGCCCCGAACUGGAAAAAGUCCGGGGCUUGA